UGUGUGGAGCCAAUGCACUGUCAGAAGUCAGUGCAGCAGCAGUGGUGCUGGAGGCAAGUUUUCCUUGGCCUAAGAGUCUCAGGGAGCCAAGAAAGACACUCUGGAAUCUACCAUGGACAGCCUCCUGAUGAAGCAGAGGCAGUUCCUCUACCAAUUCAAAAACGUGCGCUGGGCCAAGGGCCGCCACGAGACCUACUUGUGCUAUGUGGUGAAGCGGCGGGAUAGUGCCACCUCCUUCUCACUGGACUUCGGGCACCUUCGAAACAAGUCCGGGUGCCACGUGGAAUUGCUCUUCCUUCGUUACAUCUCCGACUGGGACCUGGACCCGGGCCGGUGCUAUCGUGUCACCUGGUUCACGUCUUGGAGCCCCUGCUACGACUGUGCACGUCACGUGGCAAACUUCCUCAGAGGGAACCCCAACCUGAGUCUGAGGAUCUUCACCGCGCGCCUCUACUUCUGCGACGGCUACAAGGCGGAGCCUGAGGGGCUUCGGCGGCUGCACCGCGCGGGGGUCCAAAUCGCCAUCAUGACCUUCAAAGAUUACUUUUAUUGCUGGAAUACUUUUGUGGAAAAUCGCGAAAGAAGUUUCAAAGCCUGGGAGGGGCUGCAUGAAAAUUCGGUUCGUCUGACCAGACAGCUUCGUCGCAUUCUUUUGCCCCUGUAUGAAGUUGAUGACUUACGAGAUGCGUUUCGUACGUUGGGACUUUGAUACCAGCCUCCACAUACAAAGAAAUAUCUCUGAAGAUAGUGGGUAAAAAGCUAUCCUUCAAGAACAGUCCUUCAAGAAUUCUGUUUUUCUUCAACUCUCUUUCUUUUGAGUUUAGGGAAAAAAGUAUUCAUAUAUGACUUUAAGAAACGUCUUGAAAAUAGGCAACGAACACAGGCCCACCAGGGUAAUGCCAGUGUUGGUGCAGUUUUUAGUGCAACAUCGCACCCUACUGGGAGAUGUCAGAACUGCAGGUCCUUGGAGCACCUAAGUGUCAACAUUAAGCAGAGAGGAAGCAGAAGGUAAAUGCUUCAAGAGCAGGGUGAAAGGAUCAAAUUUUUAUAACCAAUAUCCUUCAUUAUUAGAUUCUGAGUUUUCCAUGGUGUUAAUGAUAGAUUUUUUCUGCUCUUUUCCUUUGGCGUUCAUUUGCAAGCGAACAAGCUUCUGUCAGGCUGUGCUCUAUAGAACUUUCUAAGGAGAGAACCUGGGUGAUGAUAAACCCUGAGCCAUCUCUUCAGAGCAUUAAUAUCCAAGCAUGUGCUGUAUGUCUUAAUUGUCUGAAGCAUGUUUUUCAGGUUUGUACAUAAGAGAAUUUGUUUUCUUGGUAUGAAAUGCACAUGGUCACCUUCAGGCUCUUUAUAAUAAAGGAUCUUAAAAUGAAUGAAGACCUUCUAAAAGUGAAUUGAUGCCUCAAGUAACAAAUGUGCAAACAGAUCUUUUGACAGUAAGUUUUGAAAGCACACAUUUCCCAUAAAACUAGUGAACUCCCCGAAGGGAGUUGCUUGAAAGCUAAGAAAAAUCUAUUCUCUUUGGUGGGUUUUUGAACCUCAGUAAGGCCAGCCAGGUUAAGGUUUUCCCUUUUGUAUGUAUGCAUUGCUUCUCUCAAAGAAAUGUAAGAGGCUGUGAUUAAAAAAAAAAAAAAAAAAGAAUAUUUGGAAAGGAUGACCAUUCUAAGGAAAGUGUUUUAUCCAGCAAAAUAGCAGAGUGAGCCAAACGGCGGAGAGCAGUUGUCUGUCCCUAACAACUCCCCUGGACUGUGAGAAAAAUAUCAGAAUAACCAUAUAUCACUGUGCAGUUAUCACCUAGCAACCCUUGCAAGGCAGAUAAACAAAUCCACAGGAAAAUUUGAACUCCUAAUUGUAUUAUUCUACUCUUACUGUAUGUAUAUAGUUUCUGAAAGUUAAUUAUUAAAAAUCCUUGUUCAUGUAUUACUCAUUCAUAUUGUAUAUUGUGCUACGUAAUAUCUAAUCUUUUUUUUAUCAUUCUUUCCCUUUCCGAUAUAUUGAAAUGGAUUCCUAAUGUCUUACCUUUGAAACAUUUUGAAUGUUUAUACCUUUAGAAAUGCUUCUAAUAGCAAGCACGUGAUUCUG